AAGAUUUAGUCUUCUCUCCGUCGUUGAACGAUAAAGUUUUAAUUCCUGUCCCAUUAAAUAAUCAAUCAUUACAAGAGAUCAUGACAUAUAAUAUAUCAAUAUUUUAAAAGUAUAUUUUCAAAAAUGGAAGAAACUAUCGCUCUAAUUAAGUCUUGUUUAAUUUCCAAAAAAGGGGGUAUACCAAUUAGAUCUUUAAAUAAUGAAUUCGAGAAGAUCGUUGGAGAACCAAUUCCUUAUACAAGAUUAGGAUUUUCUAGUUUGCAAAGUUUAUUAAGCAAAGUAGACGGAUUGAAGACUAUUAAAAAAUUAAAUGGGGAAGAAACGUUAAUUGUAAACGAUCCCAAAAUUAAACACAUUGUUGAUUUAAUUAAGAAACAAAAGGAAGAUUACAAGGCAACUAACUCAAAGUAUUACAAACGAUUUACAACGUAUCCUUCAAGUUGCUAUAAUAACAUUAAUCAUAAUGAUACAAAUACGAGUAAAGACGAACAAUAUGAAGAUAGAAAUAAAGUUUGGUUCAGUGAUAAUAUAAAAUAUUACAAACGGCGAAAAGAAAAUCAGAAUUUAAAUUUAAAUUCUUCUAAUUACGAGAGUACAAGAGAUAACAAAUGUUUGUCCUAUGAAGUAUAUGAUAGUGAACACAACAAUAUUGUAGUCAUCGAAAAAUGUAAAUCACAAAUAGAGAAAACUAUUUACGAGCCUAUUCUUCUCCGUCAUCAGCUUAUAGGAGAUGAUUUUUUUCUUCAAUUGGUCAUACGAAAUCUUGGUCUACCAGUAUGGCGCUACAUAGGAGAUAUGGCUCUCCGUUGCGGUUUAUGCAUAUCGGGACAAACGAUAAAUGAUUGUAUCAAAAGAUUAAAAGACGUGGAAUGUAUUUCCAAUCAAAUUAUUAUAAUGUUGGGAGCUGUUGAUAUCUAUAACGGUGCUUCUUUCGACGAUUUAAUCAAGAGUAUGGAAUAUUUAUUGAAAAUAUUAAGAUAUAAAUUUGCCUUCUCGAAUUCAGCAAUAAAAAUUUGCACGAUUCCACCAUUGGCAAACUUAUCCUUGCAUGGACACGUUAAUAAGGCAAGAGCCCUUUAUUCCUUCAACAAUUGGAUCCGCGGUUUAAAUUACAAAGAACAUAGCAAUUUUGAAAGUUACAUCGAGAAAAAUUCUUAUCGGAUAAUAGAUUUUUUCGAGGGUUUCACGAAUGAAACGUAUACCACGCAAUACGAAUGGUUCCAAUUAAAUGCACGUAUGGUAUCUGGUUGUAAGCAUCCUCACGUUCUUUGGAACAAACAUGGACGAAAACGUGCGAUGGGACUGUUAACCGACGAACUGUAAGCUUCUCUUCUCUUUAUUUAUUUAUUUAUUUAUGUGUGUUUAAAAUCGAUGUCAAUUACAAUUUGUUCUAUAUAUAUAUAUAUAUAAGAUCAUUUGUCAAAGUUUCGACUGUCUCGACGUCCUUAUCCGUUGCGUUUGUAACGGGUCGCUUUUUAAGGAUCAUCAGACGCUCGAAACGUCAGUGAUCGAUACAAUCGAACCACAAAUGUAUUGUUUUGUAUGUCAAUUAAUCUGUCUCCUUUCUCUCUCUCUCUCUCUCUCUCUUUAUUUUUAUUAUAUGUAUUAUCAAUGUAAUUGUUAUUAUUAUUAUUAUUAUUAUUAUUAUUAUUAUUAUUGUUAGAAUCGGAUGUGAAAGUAUUUAUGAGUGGAAAAUGAUAUAUUGAGUGUUAUAGACAAAAAUGGCCAUUUUCAUCGGAUUUAUUGCAUAAUGCGGUUUGAAAAUCUAAGACAUCUUAUAGAUUAAAUUAAAAAUUCAUCAUAAGUUCGAAUAACGAACAAUGUACCAUAGGAUAAAUCAAUUUUUUAUCAACAAAGUUGAUUUGCCAAUGGCGUUAAGAAAUUUAAAAAGUUUGCGACAUUCUUAUAAGACUGAUACACUCAUAAAAAUGUACUAAUUCUUUAAAUUUUUUAAUCCAUUGACCCUCAUGUAUAUUGUUCGUGAAGUAUUCGUAAGAAUUUUUUGAUUCAAUAUUUAAAUAAUUAUCGUUCAAAUCGUGCAUAUUAAUACCGAUUUAGAAUUUUUCGAUUUCUUAGCACGUUCUCCGUCCACCGUUAUUCGUUUCAUGAUAAUAAAAUAUGUAUAUAAAAUUAAACAUUUAAGUUUUUUAAAAUCAAAUUCUAAUAUUAUUAAUUAUAAGUAAAUGGUAUAUGAAAGGUAUGAAAAAAUAUGUUGCAGUUAUGAAUAGAUUUAUAUAUAAAUAAGUUGUUUAUGUAUGUAUGUAUAUUAUAAAAGUAAGAAUUUUUCAAGAAAAUAUUUAUUAGUGGAACGAAGAAAAUCAAGGCACUUUUUUCAUUCCGUUUUAUUAUUAAUAAGUAAGAUUAUCGUAUUGAGGAUAUUUCUAAUGUUUUUCCAAUUUAAAUAUUUAUAGUAAUACUUUUAAUUGUACUAUUAUAAAUACUGUAAAUAUAUUCAAGCUUACAGUGUCAAUUAUGUAAUAUCGUAUCGAUUGUACAACAGGCAGAUAAUUGGAUUAUAAUAAUAAGAAUUAAUUUUAUAAUUAUAUCCUAUUUAAUCGAAUAAGAAACAUAUAUGAAAAGGAACAAUAAUUGCCAUCGUCUGCAAAAAUGGUUUCUUUUUUAUUCGUGACAAUUUAUUAACAAUGUAUAAAAUUACGAAAAUAUGAUGUACGAUAUUGAGAAGGCAUCCGUGUUUAAUAAAUUGUGAAUGAAUUUUCGAACAAUUUCGUUAGAUCCUCUUCUGAUUGUUCACGUGGCGCUAAUUUUGUAAUCCGAUGCUAUAAAAAAACAGAAAA